AUGGGCAGAGCCAGCCAGGACGCCGUCCAGGCCACCCCCGAUGCCAUCCGCAACUCGGAUGAGAAGAACACCGGCGCCGACGCCGCCCAGAUCGAGCGUACGCUGUCUGGUGCUGACGCCAAAGGUGAACAUGUCAACUACGACCGUAUUGAUGGCGAGCUUGCCAAGUACGCCGCCGGUGAUGGCAGCAUCGUCAUCACUGAGGAGGAGAACAAGCGCUUGAAGAAGCUUAUCGACAGACGCGUGCUUCCCAUCAUGGUCGUCACCUACUUCCUCCAGGCUCUCGAUAAGGGAACCAUGUCCUUCAGUUCCGUCAUGGGAAUCCGUGAUGAUAUCCCCGCUCUCAAGGCGAACACAAACUUCGCCUGGCUUACCACCUGUAUCUACCUUGCGGUCCUUGUCGUCGAAUACCCUACCAACUGGGCCAUCCAGAGAUUGCCUGUCGCUAAGUACCUCGGUUUCAACAUCCUGGCAUGGAGCACUGUGCUGUGCUGCCACGCCCUCUGCUUCAGCUUCCCCGCCCUCAUUGCCGUGAGAACUCUGCUGGGUAUCUUCGAGGCAGUCUGCCAGCCGGCUUUCCUUAUCAUGAGUUCUAUUUGGUACAAGCGUGAGGAGCAGGCUCAAGUCGUUACCUACUGGUACAUGAUGAACGGCAUGCAGCAGAUCUGCGGUGGUCUUCUGGCCUACGCCUUCUCCCACAUUAGACACCCCAGCUUCCUGGCCAACCCGGGUAAUGCGGCUAUCCGAUCGUGGCAGGCUAUCUUCAUCACCUACGGUUGCGCCUCCUUCCUGUGGGGUAUCUAUGUUCUCCUUAUGCUUCCUGACAGCCCUAUGCGUGCAAAGUGCUUCUCCGAGACCGACAAGAAGCUCAUGGUUGAGCGUGUCCGUUCCAACCAGACUGGUCUGCAAAACAAGAAGUUCCGUGCCUACCAGGUCAAGGAGGCCUUCCUGGACCCCCAGACCUACUGCUACAUGCUUAUCCAGAUCUGCACUACCCUUCCCACCUCUGGUCUCGGCGCGUUCUACAACAUCAUCAUCAAGGGCUUGAACUUCUCUCUUCUUGAGACUCAGCUUCUGGCUAUGGUUCUCGGUGCCAUCAUCAUCUUCACGCUGAUGACGUCUGCAUGGAUGACCAAGAAGUGGAACCAGAACUUGAUCACCAUGGCCGUCUUCCUGAUCCCUUCCUACAUCGGUACGAUUGUCAUCAUGACGGUUCCCAACACGAACAACGCCACCAAGGCCGGUCUCCUGAUCAGCUACUGGAUUAUCUUCACUUUCUGGGCCGCUCAGGGUCUUGGUAUGUCCAUGUUGACUCGUAACGUCGGUGGCCAGACCAAGAAGUCUGUGUGCAUCACCAUGAACUUCCUGGCUUGGUGCGCUGGUAACGCCACCGGACCCCAAGUUUUCUUCGACGGUGACGAGCCCCGCUACCUCAAGGCUUUCACCGUCCACCUUGUCUGCUACUCCGUUCUUGUCGGAGUCAUUUGCUUCCUGCGCUGGAACCUGAUCUGGCGCAACAAGAAGAAGGACAGAGAGUUCGGUUCCGAGAUCGACACCACCCACGGUUUCGAUGAUUUGACGGACAAGGAGAACCCCAACUUCCGUUACAUCUACUAA